AUGUGUUUUUCGGCAGCAAAGUGGAAGAGAGAACAAGUUCAAGAUCAUAAGUUUGAUUUUGUUAAUAUAAAAGAAUUUAAGGAAGAAAGUUGGUUACGUAAAAUAAGGUAUUCGUUUGUAUUUCUGGUAGUAAUAAAAUCAGUACUUGUAUACGUGGGUGAUUUAUGGACUGCUGGCAUUUUAUUAUUUCUUGGUCAUUGGGGGACAUCAAUACAGCCAGUCAUUCCUAUAGCAGUUUCAAAAUGGAUAUUUCUUGGUAGCAUCUUAGCUUCAUUUCUGUUAUUGAUUUUGGAUGGAGUAAAAGCAAAAUCAAUCUUGAUUUCAAAAGACAUUUCAUAUACUUUUACAAACACUGUAGCAUAUAGAUAUUAUACUGUAAAAAGUUAUUCAUAUUAUUGUUUCUUUUCUCAAAUUAAUAACUCUCAGAAAAUAACUGAUAGAAUAGCAUUUUUUGUAUUUUUCACAUUUAAGGGGUGGAAACGCCUUUUAUUUGCUGAAGCACCACGUCAAGUAAUUAAUGGAUUUACACUAUUUACAAUUUUUAAAUCAAACAAAUCAAGAAAAUAUUUUGAUUUGGAUGCCUAUGAAUCAAUAUCUAACGUUCAAACUUUUGCUGUGUUUGUGAUGAUGUUCACAGUUUGUGCACUUAUUAUAUCAGCCACUAUGCUUAUUUUUGCUUUUCUGUUAUAUAUUCCAUUAUUAUGUCAUAUCAGAGGAAAUUUAAAAGAAUUUUGUUGUCACAAAAUUGACAAAAGAAUAACUGAAAUACUUAAAAAGAAAUCCAAAAAACGCUAUCAACAAAAACAACUAGAGGCUUCAGAAAAGAAAAAGACAAUGCAAACGGAUCCAAGACCAUUACGUGAACCUACCUUACCAACAAUAGAAGAUGUGCCUCCAUACGGCGCACCACCGCCACCAAUGCCAUAUUCAAAUUAUUUAAAUUCUCCUCCGCCAAUGUUUGAUGAUAGAAUGUCGAAUAAAUCACCUGAACCAAUGAAUCCUCCCCCGUAUAUUUCGAGGCCUAAUACACCUGGCUACCAUCAACCUCCUUAUCCACAAACUUCCGCUGCUGGUCAGCGUCCACCCCAACAUAUAAUAAAUUCUAACGAAUUAUUUGAUUACAAAGCUCCUCUUCCUCCACGGUCUAUCUCGCCAUCACCUUCAAUAUCAUCACAAGGAUCAAAUCCUGGGAGAUCAUAUGGCAACACGGGUUCAAUUGUUCCAGCCAGGUAUCAAUAUGAUAACAAUAGGACACCAAAAUAUAAUAAUUAUCAACAACAAGGUGCCUAA